AUGAAUAGAAGCAUAUUUGCUCUCCAGCAGGUGGCGCGGCGGAGCUUUUGCGGUUCUGCACGGAGGUCGGUGGAGAACCAGGUCCCCAAGAAUCAGAAGGUCUUCCAGGAGGACAACGGCAUCCCCGUGCAUCUAAAAGGCGGCACCGCCGACGCACUUCUCUACAGGGCCACCAUGACGCUGACAGUGUUUGGGGUAGGUUACGUGCUGUACGAGCUGGUGAAGGCGGCUAACCCCCAGAAGAAAUAA